AUGUCAGCUUCUUCCGCCGUUGUGGCACCGCAGGCGCUGGCCGGCACCGCCGGCACCAUCGCCGGCCACCCCAAACGAGCACCGGUCAAGGUGUACGAUAGCCCUGCAGGAGAAGCUGCACUGAGUGCGCACUACGAUGAGGUGCUGGCAGCGCUGCCCUUCCCCACUCAGUCGCGGUUUGUCGACACACGGGAUGGCAGGGCACACGUGCUGGUGGCGGGCGCCGAGGCGGGGCGCGCGCUGGUGGUCUGGCACGGCAAGGGCUUCCCGGGGGCCCACAUGAUGUCGCUGUGCGGGAAGCUGGUGGAAGCUGGCUACAGGGUGUACCUUCCGGACGAGCCCUGUGACGCCGGCAGCCGCAGCGACCCGAUUCCAGUCGACCCUGCAAACCACGGCUGGGGGCGCUGGGCGCUCGACGUGCUGCAAGGGUUGGGCCUCACCAGCGCCGCGCCCGGCGCGGCCGACGCGGCGGCCGGGACGCCGCCGGCGCCGGUACACAUGGGCAUGUCGUUCGGGGGCGCUGUCACGCUCGACCUGAUGGCUGUGGCGCCGCACGCGGUCGGCGCCGCGGCGCUGAUCGUGCCCAUAUCGGUGCACCCCGAGUUUGGGUCCACCAAAGCAACCCUAAAGAUGAUCUGGCAGCUGCCGCUGACGUGGCGACACCUGCGGUAUGCGGCCAUGGGCCCGCCAGUUUUUCGGCCCGGCCAGCUCGACGGCUUCGACGGCCCCGCGCUCGCGUUGCUGGCGGAGUUUGACAUUUUUGGGGAUGGGCACACCACAGCAACGGCGGCGAAAAAGCUUAUCCCGGGCUGCGAGGCCCACGUUCUGCCCAUGAAGCACGCCCCCACAGCAGCCCAGAUGGACGGCUGCGUAGACCGCGUGAUCGCCUUCCUUGCGGACAAGAGGCUGGGGCCCAAGAUCUAG